AUGGCUUCGUCCCUAUUACCUCGCCUCCGGCCGGCCACGGUCCUCACAACUGUCCUGGCGGGCGGCAUCGCCACCGGCAUCUACUCCAAAUUCAUCAUGAGACAAGUACACGCAGACUCAGGGCCAAAACCCAGGAAGGUCCUCGGCGGCGGUCCAGCCUUCCUCUCCCUCCCCCUCGAGAGCUCCGAGAUGGUGAGCGGCGACACGAAGCGCCUCCGCUUCAAGCUGCCCAAGGACGACGACGUGAGCGGCCUCCCUCUGACUUCCGCCGUCCUAACAGUAUCGUGGCCCAAGGGCAGCUGGCGCCCCGUCCCUCGCCCCUACACGCCCGUCACCCCCUCCGACGCCCCCGGCCACCUCGACCUCGUCGUCAAGCAGUACCCCAACGGCAGGGCCAGCACCCACCUGCACUCCCUCAGCCCCGGCGACAGGCUCCUCUUCGCCCUCCCCAUCGCCGGCCCCAAGUGGACGCCCAGCGCCGACGCGGGAACCCACGUCACCCUCAUCGCCGGCGGCGCGGGUAUCACGCCCGUCUUCCAGCUCGCGCAGGGCAUCCUCCGCAACCCGGACGACAAGACGGCCAUCACGCUCGUGUACGGCGCCAACACCGACCGGGACGUGCUCCUGAAGCGGGAGCUCGACGCCUUCGAGAGGGAGUUCCCGGGCCGCUUCAGGGCCGUCUACACCAUCAGCCGACCGGGAGAGGGCAGCCCCUACAGGAAGGGCCGCGUGACCAAGGAGCUGCUGCAGGAGGUGGCGCCCGCGUCCGGGAGCUCCCACGUGUACCUGUGCGGACCGCCCGCCAUGGAGGCAGCCCUCGCCGGGCAGUUCAAGUGGGGGUCGCCGCUGGGGAUCCUGGCUGAGCUCGGGUACCGAAAGGAUCAGAUUCACCGGUUCUAG